CUCUAGUCGACAUUCUUCGCAAAAAAUUGUUCGUGUUGUUCAGGCGGAGGAAAAACAGAAAAAUGGGUGAUAAAACUGAUUAUCUCAGUGUGAAUGGUGCAAAAUCCAGUGCAAUGACCAAUGGUGAAGUGAAGCAGCCCUUUUUGAUUGGUGUGGCCGGUGGAACGGCAUCGGGAAAGUCGACAGUGUGCAAGAGGAUAAUGGAGCAACUGGGCCAGGCGGACAUGGAUCACACGCAGAGACAGGUCGUUUGCAUCAGCCAGGACAGCUUCUACCGCGAAUUGACAGCCAGUGAGAAGUCAAAGGCGGAACGGGGAAUGUUCAAUUUCGAUCACCCAGAUGCCUUCAACGAGAAACUCAUGCUGAAGACGCUGCAGGACAUCUUGGCUGGGAAGAAGGUGGAGAUCCCAGCCUACGAUUACCGCACGAACUCCCUCCAUCCGGAGCGCCUUAUCACCAUCUACCCCAUGGACGUGGUGAUGUUCGAGGGCAUCCUCACGUUCUACUUCCCAGAGAUUCGGGAUCUCUUCCACAUGAAGCUCUUCGUGGACACGGAUUCGGACACUCGCCUGGCUCGCCGCGUUCCGCGUGAUGUCAAUGAGUGGGGCAGGGAUCUCGACCAGGUGCUCAACUACUAUCUCAACUACGUGAAGCCAGCCUUCGAGGAGUUUUGCUCACCGACCAAGAAAUUCGCUGAUGUGAUCAUUCCACGCGGAGCUGACAACACAGUGGCUAUAGACCUUAUUGUGCUACACAUCGGCGAAUUGCUUCGUUCCGGAGGCUCCACGGCCAAUCUGCCGCCACUUUUCCCCAUGCAACGACGUGAUCGAGAGCACUAAUAGCGAUAAAAUACUAAUAAAGACUAGAUUUUAGUGUAUUAACCUCGAGAGAGGUGCUUUUAUAGGCCGCUAGAAGAGCCCAACUGCACCAUUUCAUGAUGCACAACAUGAAAGAAAACUCUGCAAUGGUGCAGCGGCUCUUCUGCGUUAAAGGGUGAUUUUUUUUAAAUAGAAAACCAUGUCAUUUUGAUCUGCUUUUUGAAAUAGUUUUUUUUUUUCAAAAUUAUUGAGUAAGUUAUGUAUUUGAACUUAAAAAAGAAAACAUGUAAAAGAGACUCGAAAUCACCCUCUGUUUUAGUAGCUACUUAACAAAUUUGUGUAGAUAUGUUAAUCACACAAGCAAAUUGAUGUAAAAUCACCAAAAAGUAUCUAGUUUACUUAUUAGACGAAGGAAUAUUUGUAAAAGUGUUUUUAUUCUGAAGUGUUUUGGAAAUUGUAUAAUGAUUUCUUAUCUUUUUUCCUUCUUGUGUACUGUAUUUCCGAUCAAAGCGUCUCUGUACUACUUAUGAAAUGGUAUUCUGUAGAAAUAGCAUUGGUAAAUGUAUGUCAGGUUCUCUAUGUCUUGUCUUAAUUUGCACCAAAGGUGAAAAACGUCCUGAUAACUCUCAAAUCAUUCCCAUUCCAUUUGUUUUUCAACUUUUGAAUCUGGUAACAAUAAAAGUCAAGGGGGAGAUAAUAUGGCUAGAUAUCAUUGAAUCAUGAUAUGAUUUAUGGGUUCUCUUGUGUUGACGAGAGGAUUGAGUACUUCUUACUUAAUUCGCCGUCUUGAUUUUGAUUUACCUAAUUUCGUUUGAUGAAUGUUUAUUUGGCUUUUCCAACCUCGAUGAAGCUUUUCCUCCUCGAACUUGAGCUUAACAGAUUCAACAAAGAUCUAUUGUGCCAGAAUAUCUUCUUCUUGACGAAAUCAAUAUUUUCCAUUUUCUGUACUCUUCUCAACAAAAAUAUUUACUCGAUGAGUGUGAAUAAAUAUUAUGAAAAUAAUUGAGUGAAAUCUUAUCUCGCAGUUCAA